ACUUCAUCUCGACGAAAAUGCAACAUCAUCUCCUUAUGGCGGUGUAACGAGCUGUCGGUCAACGUUCCCGGCGAUUCAGCUCAGGGGCGGCAGCUUGCCCAUACCCAAAAGGCCUGUCUCCCAGCUUUGGUCCCGGUUCCGAUUGAAGCAAACCCUUUUCCACAGAAAGUUGUGCAGACUUUCGGUGAGCAUGUCAGCCACAGAUCGGAUUGGCGGUGAGAAAGGAAAGUUACCGGUACGCCUCGCCUCUUCUCUUCCUCGAUGUUGCCUAUCAAUAGUUGUUGCUUUUUCUUCCCCCACGCGGCACGUCGCGCCCAAAUCUUGGAACCAUGUUCAGCCCAUCUCCAGAGGCUGAGCUCCUCCCCAGGGCGAUGAGCCCGAGAAAGUUGCCAUGCGGCAGCAAGUGUGUGAUCGGAUAGACUUGUUAUGCAUGGCACCUGCGAGCGCAAUCAUGUUGAGCUUGCCAUGGCGCCGGGUCUUCCAGACUGCUGCUGCCGGCAGCGCUAUCCGUGAUGGAAAGAAGCAAUCAAAACUGGGUUGUGCAAGCCUCUGUGGGACGGGGAAGUCCGAUCUGGCACACCCGGUGUGCAAGGCGAAGAGGGAAAAUUUAAGACAGAUGGCAUUCACGCGGGGAAAAAGAAGGAGAGGACUCGGUUCUCCUCGCUUCCGACAACAGAUACGGCCAGUUGGACAUCCUCUGAAGGCUGAAAAGGCUGUCGUACGACGCCAAAGACUUGGCCUCACAUAAGGCACCGAGUCCGAAUACGGCAAACAUGGCUCAAAACUCACGAGAUGAUUCACCGGAUCCUCCGCCCAACCCACC